GGAGGAAGUGAAGAAAUGUCUGCCAAUUUAAAGUACCUUUCCUUGGGCAUCCUGGUUUUUCAGACCACAAGUUUAGUGUUGACCAUGCGCUACUCUCGGACACUGAAAGAAGAAGGACCUCGUUACUUAUCCUCUACUGCAGUAGUUAUUGCUGAACUUCUGAAGAUUUUGGCCUGUGUUCUGUUAGUCUACAAAGACAGCAAAUGCAAUUUACGGACUCUGAACAGAGUGCUACAUGAUGAAAUCCUUAACAAACCCAUGGAAACUCUUAAACUUGCUAUUCCUUCAGGAAUUUACACUCUUCAGAACAACUUGCUAUAUGUAGCAUUGUCAAACCUAGAUGCAGCCACAUACCAGGUUACAUAUCAACUGAAAAUUCUCACCACAGCACUGUUUUCUGUGUCCAUGUUGAGCAAGAAACUGGGUGUAUACCAGUGGCUGUCACUAGUAAUAUUGAUGACAGGAGUGGCAUUCGUGCAGUGGCCUUCAGACUCUCAAGCAACACCUGCUAAGGAGCACUCAGCAGGAUCACAGUUUGUAGGCCUGAUUGCAGUUCUCAUAGCGUGUUUUUCUAGUGGAUUUGCUGGGGUUUAUUUUGAGAAAAUUUUAAAGGAAACUAAGCAGUCUGUGUGGAUCAGGAACAUUCAGCUUGGAUUUUUUGGUAGCAUAUUUGGACUGAUGGGUGUUUACAUUUAUGAUGGAGAGCAACUGUCAAAGAAUGGAUUUUUUCAAGGAUACAAUAAACUUACUUGGGUGGUGGUGGUUCUGCAGGCACUUGGAGGGUUGGUGAUUGCUGCUGUUAUAAAAUAUGCGGACAACAUUUUAAAGGGAUUUGCAACUUCUCUCUCUAUUAUACUGUCAACGCUGAUCUCCUAUUUCUGGCUGCAGGAUUUUGUCCCUACCAGUGUCUUUUUCCUCGGAGCCAUCCUUGUAAUAGCAGCUACUUUUCUAUACGGUUAUGAUCCCAAACCUGCAGGAAAUCCCAUUAAGGCAUAGCAGACUUCCUCAUCAACCUGCUCCUCAAGAUCAUGCACUGGGGGCCUUGCUAGCACUGGCGUGUGGGAAGUGUCACUGUGCACUGCAAGGGAAG